AUGUCGAUAUCUGUUUCGGAUACUCCCAGUAAACCUUCUUUUCUGAUCAGCGAUAUUCUGGGGGAUCAUGUUGGAAACUCGAGACAGCAUCACAAGUGUCAUCCCUCCACAUCCACAAUCGCUUCAACAACGGCGACAUUAUCACCGGCUUCAAUCACAACAACAGCAACAUUGACAAGUACAUCUUCACCGUCCCAGCAUCUAUCCGCGUUUCUUAGCUUCUCCUCAACCGGUUUAUCCUCAAUCCAGUCUCAAAAUUUAAUCGGGGGUCCGAUUGCCGCAUCUUCUCCCUCGCUGACAUUAGCUCAAUCGGAUUUGUUAGAUACAAGUCCAUCAAGUACCUUUUCGCAAACUUCAACAUUCACACCUUUUUCAUCCGUUUCCCACAUCAAACGUCGUUUGGACGCCAUUCUCAGUACCGGAAACUGUACAACAUACUUCUCCGUCCCUGGGAAUCAAUUAAAUUCAGAAACCAGUAACACAGAGUUUCACAGUUCAAAUCCGGACGGUAAUUCGAAUGUUCAAACAGUCGGGCGAAAUGCUGUGGUCGGAGUUUGCUUCCGGCCAACUUUGACGUCAUUAACGCAGACGCCGCCAUCGGUUUGUACUUCGUCUCCGGACACUGUUGGAGGUCGUUGGAUUGAGAGUGACCGAAGGUCAAGUUCGGAUUCGAACCUAUUAGACGAUGAGGUUGAUGUUGUGCAAAUUAGGGAUGUUUGCCUUGAUAACAACCUUGAAGGUAGGUACAGCAAUUUUUCUUGUUUUUUUUUCGGUUCAAAACAUGCUCUCAAAGAAACACACCUCAUUACUUUUGACCGGUACACUGACAAACUCGUAAAUUUCUGA